GGGUGAGAUAAAAUGUCCGCACAGGAAAUAUUUAUCUUAUUAAACUUCAUUCAGAUGUUUUUGGUUCUUCUCUUAACAUUUAGUGCGAUAGAGACUUUGCAAAAAUGAUCAGUGCUAAUGUGCACCUUCUGUUUUACAUUAUUUUUUUGAUUAGUGCACACGUCAAGUCUGGAUUUACCACAACAAAAAUGGGGCCACAACCACUUUGGAACGCCACAUACACGGAUAAACUUCGACAUGACCUGCUCCUAAAUUACGACAAGUUUGCCAGACCCGCUCAACAUUUCAACAAAACAACCGUCCAAUUAGGGUUAGAAAUAAGGCACGUCGAAUUUAAUGAAUUUAAAUCCAUGUUGACUGCGUUUGCUUGGCUUCGACUGGUCUGGAAUGACGAAAAACUUAAAUGGAAUACCUCCGACUAUGGAGACAUUAACACCCUACAUAUUGCAGAACAUGAAAUUUGGCAACCAGAUAUUUACUUAUAUAACAGUGCAGUGAGUAGCCCACUCAACCAGUACGUAAAUACGCACAUUUUGGUAUAUCCUAAUGGAGAAGUUCUGUGGGUUCCUCCGGUGCAGCUAACGGUCCUUUGCACUGUACAUUUAAGGUACUGGCCAUUUGAUACACAAGAGUGUAACUUAGUCUUCGGGUCUUGGACUUAUAGCGGGGAACAAAUAGAUCUUGCUCAUUACAAUAAUCGAACAAUGGUUAACUUAGAAAUGGUAGUAACUAACGCAGAAUGGGAUAUAGCGAAAGCUGAACAAGUGAGAAAUGUAAAAAAGUAUGAUUGUUGCGAAGAACCGUAUCCUGAUAUAACAAUUAAAUUAGUUUUGAAUAGAAUACCUAAUGCUUACAAAACCAUUAUAAUUACACCAGCUUUUGUUAUCAUUACAUUGACAUUGUUGAGUUUUUGGCUACCUCCACAAGCAAGCGAAAAAAUAAUUAUUAACGGAUGUACGGCGAUAAUCAUUUGCUUAUUUAUGUUAUAUUUUUCGCAAAAACUUCCACUGAUGGGAAAGGAAAUUCCACUAGUUGUGCUAUUUUAUACAAGUUGCCUCUACAUAGUAUGUUUAUCAAUGAUUGGAUCUGUGGUAGUCAUUACAAUGUCCAGAACAAAGCACUGCAGCACUUUACCUUGGAUCAUAAAGCAACCACUUACUGGAAAAUUUGGAAAACUAUUGGGAUUGGAAUCCUACAUAUACCAGAGUGGAAACUCUAGCCAUAGAGUAACAGCUGAAGAAAUGCGGGAUCACCAGGUGACCGACUUUGAAGAUGGAAACAGCAGCGAGGAUAACCACAUCAUUAAAUCUCAAUUGUCUGCCACUAAACCAAGUCUACAAAGGGACUGGAUAUUAUUAGCUGCUGCAAUAGACCGAUUAUCGUUUUGUUUUUACUGCUUCUUAUUUGUUAUUUUGUCCAUAGCAUAUUCUUUGUAACUUAAGGAUAAAUAAAUUUGGAAAAAUAUUUUGUUUUAUUCUUACAAAGAAUGACCUAAUUGAAAAUAAAAAACAAAUUAGCUAUGUAUAAUAUAAAAACACUAAUUGAAAUUAGGGUAAUAACAUUUAUACCAAACAAGUCUACAAAGGGACUGGAUAUUAUUAGCUGCUGCAAUAGACCGAUUAUCGUUUUGUUUUUACUGCUUCUUAUUUGUUAUUUUGUCCAUAGCAUAUUCUUUGUAACUUAAGGAUAAAUAAAUAAUUUGGAAAAAUAUUUUGUUUUAUUCUUACAAAGAAUGACCUAAUUGAAAAUAAAAAACAAAUUAGCUAUGUAUAAUAUAAAAACACUAAUUGAAAUUAGGGUAAUAACAUUUAUACCAAACAUCUAGCACAUCUAGUUUUAAUUAAUAAUAAUAAAAUUGAGUCUGUAAAUAUUUUUAUUUGAGAAAAACAGUUUAGGUAAAACAGAUAAAAUUAGCGACAAAAAUUGGGAACUUCAACAUCAUCAACUCUUUGUCUCUUACGUGCAUGCAUCUCUUCAAAAAACUCUUUUAUAUCUUCUUCUCUAACAACCUUCUUGUUUUCAGCGAAUUUUUUGAGGUAUUCACCAAGUCUUUCUUUCAAAUCAUUGUAUCCUGCAAUACAGUCUACCAAUUGGACGCGGUUCAUUGAUUUCAUGAUUUGUUUGUCAUGAUCCUCAACAAUUUCCUGAAUUUUAGCUUUGCCUUUUUCUUCGUAUAGAUGUACUGGGUCCUCAUGGUCUAAAAGAAAUGCUACAUCUUGAUUUUCGUACAUUUUAAGACAGUCGUCACAUGUACACAAUUCUUUACGCCAGCCUACCUAAAAAAGUACCAUACAUUUAAAUAUAUAUUAUAUAAUUUAGAAGUAAAACUUUACUAACCUCUGGCCAAAAUUUAGCACAAAUCUUGAGAGAUUUUUCUUUUGGUUUUUUGCAAUCAGCUGGAGUUUCUGCUUCUACAUUAUUGCCCUUUUCUUCUGAAUCAUUUGGAUUUGGGGCAGUAGUUACAUCUACAGUGCUAUCUUCAGUAGUUCUCAGAGGUUUAAGCAUACUAAAUGAAUCAUAAUGCAAUAAAAAUUCAUGUUUGGUAAUACAGGCCUCACAAAUCAUUUCUAAAAAAAAAAUAAUGGGUUAUCAAAAUGAAUUAGACAACAAAUAUAUAAUGUACCCACUACAUUAACAUUAAUUUUCAAUUAACCUACCAGCAAAAUUAUUAGCUGGUACUUCUGUUCCAAGAUGCCUGGUAUGAUACCAAUCCUCACAAAUAAUACAUUGAAUCAUUUCAUCAGGUACCGGAUCCUCCAUAUCUGGAAAAGGGCGAUGGCAAACACAAUACAAACCAGAAAAGUUUUGAUUGUAAGUGUUUAGAUCAUUUUUAUCAGUUUUUUCGUUUAAUAAGUUGCAUUGUGCAUUAGAAAAUUUCGAGUUUCCACAAUCACAGCGAAAAUUCCUCUUAGUGUACAAUUCUACAAGAUCAUGGCCUUCAUGGCAAUGGUAGCUGCAGGCCAAGCAAACUCCUGCUCCCUUUUCAGGAUCCUCUUUAGCCCCAGGAAUGCACGUGAGACAGGAGUAGAGUGCUUGUCUUUUGAGGUAACCCU